UUUUUCGAAAACUUGUUUCUGAGAUCACCUGAAAAUUUGCUUGCCUGUAAGGCUAAGCUAAUAAUAAUAAGGUCCUAGUGACUGAUAGUUUGAAGAAUUGAUCGUCCCCAUACCCAUAGCCUUUUCUUACACUCAAUUUCUAUUAUAUUAGGUUUUUGCUCUUGUAGUUUUUCAUUCUUUAUUCGGAGCGCUUUAUUGGGGACGUCUGUCAGUAGAUCAAUUACAUCCUCUCAGUCCCAUCCUCUUGAUCACCAAAAUGACGGAAGCUGCGUAUGUUGAUGAGGCUGGCGAGCCCGAUGCUAAGCGCAGACGUGGCGGAGAGCUUACCUACCUAUCCGCUGAAGAUAUUCAGAAAGCCUACGACGCGAAAACAAUUUCAGAGUGGGACUUCAACUUCUACAAAGGUAACAACAAUAAUGUUUUUUACUCUGGAAAUGAAUCAGAGAGUUCUGUCGACAACUCUGCUACUGCCACUCUUUCUUUGAUUCAGUAAUGCCUUCGAUUUGGCAUACAGCUUAUUCAUCAUUUCUAUCACUUUUUUGACAUCAUGCAUCAGAUAACAUCGGUAAGGAGCAGCUGAGCGAGAAACAGCUAGACAUCAAGACACGCAUCGAGAAUAGCAUACAAAUAAAUGGCGCCAGGAAGCAGAAGCUGGACGAGGCGAAGGCCGCUGGUCGGGUCAACGACUGGGAGCAUAACUUUUAUUAUGAAACUGCAAAUCAAAAAUGCAACUCGUGACCCCCUCAGCCUCUAUUGGCUCAAUUUCAUAAUCUUUUAGUCUUCGUUUUUGUUAUUUCGGUGACAUGCAGCACUAAGUAAUGUGUUGCUUUACAUGGAUGAAGUGAUGCUGUUCCCACUCUAAUCCCUUUCGGAGCAGAUGUUAAAGCCACAGCUUAGCGAGAAGCAGCAAGCGCGCUACGAUGAGAUCCAAGGCAAGAUCGAUGGCACAAUCGCACCCGGACGCCGAGGCGGAGCCGGGCAAGAAGGUGGCUUUGCUGCUGCUGCAGCUCCACCAGUGAGUGCUGGAGGGGGCUUCGGUCAAGGUGGCUUCGGUCAGCAACAGAUGCCCAACAAUUUCGGAGGAGGUUUUGGAGGUGGACCAGCGCAGCCAGGAGGUGCUCCGCCUUCUAGUAGUGCUCCUGCAGAUCAAAUGGCUGGCUUUGGCGCGGUCAAUAACACAGGUUUUGGAGCAGGUGUAGGCGGGUUCGGCCAACAGCCUCAAGCUUUUGGUGGAAACGGAGGUUUCGAACAGCAAAUGGGUGGUGGGUUUGGGCAGCAAUUUGGUGGUGGAUUUGGUGGACAACAACAAAUGGGCGGCUUUGGGGGAAUGCAACAGCAGCAACCGUUUGGGGCACAGCCAGGACUAGGAGUUGCACCGCAACAACAACAGCCAGGAGGAUUUGAACAAGGACAAGGACUAGUACCACAAGGACCAACCGGCGCAGACCAAUCUCAAUUCUUGCAGACCAUUCCUCCAGAAGAAGUUACGCAAGCACAGGCUGCAAAUAAGAUCACAGAAUGGGAGAAAAAUUUUUACUUGGACAUCGCAAAGCGAAUUGGCGAAGGGCUUAACCAGCUCUCUGAUCGUCAGGCAGAGAGGAAGGCGGAGGUCGAGGGAAAAAUCGCUGGAACAUUCACUCCAGAACAACCAGGGGGCGCAGAUCGUAUGGAUAUUUUUUAUCGUCUGCGUUUAACAAUUUUGUUAGGGAGAGGGGAGUUGAUACUCACUUCAUUAUAAGAUGCUCUUCGAUACGGCUAUGAUAACGAAUAUUUUAUUUUGCUGGUCUUUUCCUUCUUAUCUAAUUCUGAUCAUAUUAGAAUAACACCACAGCAAACGCGAUCUCCCAACUUUGGGGCUUCUCUAUGGGACAAGCGGAGCAGGCGAAAACUGCAGGACAGAUCUCGCAGUGGGAGUUGAAUUUCAUAACGGACAACUUCAACAAGCAGUCCCUGAGUGAAAAGCAGCAGGUAAUUUGUGAUCGUAUCAAAGGCUCAAUGUCGCAGCCAGCUCCAGGCGGUGGACAGCAGGGAGGUACUUAGAUAGUAGACUUUUUCGAAUGUUUACUAUGAAGCGCUUCGGUUUGAUGAUCGUGCUAAAAUACUGACUCCUCGACUUAUAUACCUGAAUAGUGCUAGGUAAAUGAAUGAAUGAAUGAAUACUACACUACUUUCUUAGUACGAGGAGGGAUUCUUGUAAUUCUAACUUCUAUUCUGACUUCUUCAUCCUUCUACCUCCUUCAGGUGCCGGCCUGCCAGCUGCAGGACAAGCGGCAUUUGGUGGGGAGGGGGAUAUGUCGCAAGCUUGGAACAUCUCCCGCGCCGAUCUAGAGACUCUCAUUAUGCAGGCUCUGAGUAGUACAUAAAAACUCACUUCUUUAUACAGUAAGGUAACUGCAAGAACAGUAUCGUAACUAGUACUAGUUUAUUCGGCAUGGUGUAUGGUGAUACGUUGGACUACAUAAUCAUUAUUCAGGACUGGCCUGCAUACUCUGCUGAGAUAAGCAUUCAAUUUCCAAAAGAGGAAGGACAGCCAAUGAUGAGUCUUCUCAUUCGCUUAACUUUAUUAAGCAACUAAAGACAAAAAACUCCUCUGACAAUAAUUUAAGUAACUUCGUGUUCGUGUUCCCAAAGCAGAAUUUUUAUAAGGUUUCCCCCUUUUUUCUGAGGUGUGCUGCAAAUCUAGACUGGUUUCUUCCUUUUCAUAAGGUUGGGGCUUAGGUCCAGCGGCGCUGAAAGCCCUAAAUAUGACAACCCACCGGUUAGUUUUUACCUCUAGAGUCCUAGCCCUUCCAGCAAUACGUAACCACUAUUCAGGAAUGGCCACCUUUACAUAGAAGUGCUCCAUCAUCUACUUCCCUACAUUCGCACUCUAAUCUAUCCUCUUCUGGUCGAGUUAGCGAGUGGGAGAAGGGAUUCAUCGAAUCCAAUUGGACAAGGCAGAGCUUCAGCGAGAAACAGCAGAAAAUCGUAGACCGAAUCAUGCCGAAACUGGCUGGCGCUGGUGGUGGCGGUGCUGGUCCAUCAACACAGGGAGCCUUUGGAGGUGGUAACAGGAACCAGCUUCAAGGUGGCGGUGGUUUUGGUCAGCAGCAGCAGCAGCAGCCUUUCGGACAGCAUGGCGGCGGUGCUGGAUUUCAAGGCCAAAACUUCCAACAAGGACAGCAAAACUCCCAACAGCAACAGAACAGCUUUGCUGGUCAACAGAAUUCGAAUCCAGGCGCCAGCGGACGACUGUGCGCUUUUACUGUUGAGCAGGUAGAGGAGGCGCGUGCGGCAAACAAAAUCAAUGACUGGGAGCGCGGGUUUUACAUCGAUAAUAUUCCGAAGGAGUCGCUAAGCGAGAAGCAGACACAAAUCAAGGACCGCAUAGAAGGCAAAAUGCGGAGGUAGUGGUAGUCAAGAGAAUUAAUCUAUCUAAUGUGUGAAACAAGGUGGGUGAUCAAAUGGAUCAGCAUAUGUAGUACCAGACGAACGGAACAAUUAAUUUGGAUGCAACAACUAGCGCGACGAGGAAAUUCACAAUCCACCCAAACUUAGACUUUAGACUCCUCAGAAGUGAGGCCUUCCAUAUGUUAAAAUAGGAAUUGUAUAACGUCGACGUCGUGAAGAAGUGUUGUACUUCUAUUUUUCUGGAUCUUGCUUCCUGCUUGAACGUUCGAAGAUUUCAAAAACCUUAACCUUUCUUUGGUGUGAUUCUCGUACCUCUAUAAUUGUGAUGUGAAUGACCCAGAAGAUUCAGCAGCUUCCAAUUGUAACGUCCCUGCCAAGACCAAAAGAGACUGUCAUCAAACCAUAACGAAUCGCAAAGUGAGUUUUUUCAGACUUUUUACUACUGCUCAAUAUCAAUGGAAAAAGAAAAUCAGUGAAGUCAACGUUCAU